CACCCUCAUUGUCACUAAAAACGGCACACACUUAAUUUUACAUUUAACACAAAACAUGUGCUCGGUUCUUCUCCUGCAACUUUUACAACCAAAUUCCUUCCUCACUUCCUUUCUUUCUUCACUCACGUUUUGCACAAAUCUCCCUUAUUCAUCAGCUUGUAAAUUGUAAUUCACCUCUUUUCUCUCACUACACUCUUCUGCACACCUCAAUAAUCACACACCCUUCUUCAUGUAAUCUCUCCCUUACCUCGUGUCAAUCGUUCUCACUCAUUUCAUCACUUCUCUUAAUCAAAGGUACUGCCUUUUUUUCACUUUAUACUGGGUUUUUCCUCAUUUCCCAGAUCUAUAAACUGCCUUAAUUUUCUCAACUAAUCAAAUCUAACUAAAGAUCCAAUUUUAUUUUUAUAUUUUUAAUACAAUUACUGUACCCGGGUUUAAUCUUAUUUCUACAUUUAUUAACGAGAAAUGGAAGAGUGUGAUGGUAAAAUUAGCUUAAAUAGAUUGUCAAUCGAAGGAUCUAGAGAUACCCAGAUGGAAAAUUCGAUUGAUUUGAGCAAAGAAUAUGAAUUUCGUUCGAUGAACGCGUUGGAGAUUUUGAGAGAAACUGUGAGAAUUCUGAGGUAUAAUUGUGCAGGAUUUAUGGCAAUUGCAGCUUUACUUAUUUGUCCUGUAUCUGCUGUUCAGUUAUCGAAUUUGUUAGUUGAUCAUACAAUUGUGAGGAGAUUAACUAUAAGGUUAUUAUUGAUUGCUAGAACUAGUGGGUUACCUUUAAGUCCUGUUGUUAAGCAAUCUUGUCAAAGGUUUUCUGAGAUGGCUAUUUCUACUGCUGUUUGUUUCCCUUUGUAUGUGACAUUGUCGCUUUUGUCGAAAGCGGCUGUUGUUUACUCUGUUGAUUGUACUUACACUAAGAAACAAUUUGAUGCUUCGAAGUUCUGUGUGAUAGUUGGGAAGUUAUGGAGGCGGGUUGUCGUGACCUAUGUUUGGGCUUGUAUGGUGAUUGUUGGGGCUGUUACUUUGUUCCUUGUUCUUCUUGUGGCUAUUUGCAAUGUGUUUUUGAUAUUUGGGUUCAUCCCGGAUUUAGUUGUCUAUCCAGGAAUUGUUGUAGGGCUUGUUUUCUCUAUAGUGUUUGCAAACGCGAUAAUUGUUUGCAAUGUGGCUGUUGUGAUCUCGGUUUUGGAGGAUGCUUCUGGUCCUCAGGCAUUAUUGAGGUCUAGUGUUUUGAUUAGGGGUCAGACUCAAGUGGGUCUUCUUAUGUAUUUGGGAUCGACGAUAGGAAUGGCCUUUGUGCAAGGAUUGUUUGAGCAUAGAGUGAAAACUUUGAGCUAUGGAGAUGGUUCCUCUAGACUAUGGGAAGGGCCACUUUUGGUGAUCAUGUAUUCCUUCGUGGUGCUCGUUGAUGCUAUGAUGACUGCUGUCUUCUAUUUUAGCUGCCGGUCUUUUAGUAUGGAAGCAGCGAAUGAGGAAGCUCAGCCUAUUUUGGAAAUGGCUACUGCAACCCCAAAAGCAAACCUUGUUGAUUGUGAGAAUGCAGCUGGUUUAGUGGUUGGUUAACCUCUUAACCCUCUUCUCAGUCAAUAGCCAAUGAGGAUGUUUCUGCUAAUAUUUUUGGUUGAUACCCAUCUUGCGAGCCCAAGAGUAAAGAAGGUGCAGAAGAUUGAGGUUCUAAUAGAAUAUCUCGGGAGAGGAUCUGGUGACUCAUGAAGUAGAAGGCCGUGGAAUGUCUUAACAUUUGCAUAUACAGUAUUUGUGAGGUUCAUUUUCCUGGUUUGUCGCUAAGUGUUCUGUGCAUAUAGAGGAUGACAUGCAUUAGGGAAGACUGCUGCUGCGAAUUGGUAACAUAUAUAUUUUUUUCUAAGGUAUAAGUUAUGCGGCAAACCUUUUCUUGGGAGGUAUUUGAUAACUGAAGUAUAGUUUUUCCUUGAUUGAUUUGGUAUACAUGUAUGUUUAUCUUCUUCCAGAGAAAAUGCAAUAAAAUCAAAGUUAUCCCAAA